AUGAUUUUUGAUGAAAUACCCUAUGAUGAUUCAAAUCAGAAUGAAAUCUACAAUGAGAACACUAAUCAUGAAAUACUACUUUAAUAAUUGAAAAAUUUAGCAACUGCAUAAGAAGCUAAGAUUUAUAGCUCUUUUAAUUAAGAUUGGAAGGCCCAAUUGGACCCAUAAGUGAGAUCUUGGAUGACUUAAGUGAGAUAACACUAUUUCGAAACUUAAAAAAAGUCUCAAAAAGUGAUUUCAAAUAUUUAACUCGAAUCUUACUCAUCAGAUAAUCAAACUGCUGAUAUAUCAUUAGAUGACUACUUCUAAUUAUGA